AUGAUGCAGUCUCAGCAGAGUUUUGGCUUCAUCACAAUAUUACUCCUACUGUCAGUGUCUGUAUGUCGUAGCAUCCUGACUUGUAAAGAAGGCCACAGUGGAGGUCCAACUUAUGAGUCCAUUCAGGCUGUAUUUGACCUUCAACCCUUCAGACCGGCAGUAAACCUCAGCAACCCGACUAUUGCCAACAUCUCCUUCACCUUGUAUGCAGUCCUUGGGGUGAAUGAAAAAGCCCAGAUACUCACUACAUUCUUGUGGUUAAGAAUUUUUUGGCACAACGAGUUCCUGGUUUGGAACCCCGAUGAGUGCGAUGGUAUCACCAGGAUUUCUCUCCCCGUGAAAGAGCUGUGGUCUCCGGAUAUCAUUGUAUAUGAGUUUGUGGAUGAUGAUGUUUCCCAGGCGUGUCCUUACGUCUAUGUGAACCACACAGGUCAUAUCCGCUGGGACAGGAUGCUGCGGCUUGUCUCAGCCUGCAACCUGGAGAUCUUUAGUUUUCCAUUUGACGUGCAGAAUUGCACCUUCACAUUUGGCUCCUACAUGCACACCAUACGUGACGUGAGAGUGAGUCCAGCUCUGACCUUCAAAGAGAUGUCUGGAAACUCAAAGCGUUACCUUGAAGCCAGUGGAGAGUGGGAACUGGUGGACAUACUGGGUGAAACCUCAAUUCUGCAGUUUGGGAUCGAUGAAUGGGACGUCAUAACUUUCUGGGUGGUGAUAAAGCGGAGUCCAGUGCUUUACGUGGUCAACCUGCUGAUCCCCAGCUCUUUCCUCAUGCUUAUUGACAUCUUGUCCUUCUACCUGCCCCCCCACAGCGUCGACCGCGCCUCCUUUAAAAUGACCCUCAUCCUGGGCUACACUGUCUUCCUGCUCAUCAUGAACGACCUGCUACCCAGCACGGCAAACGGCACUCCAAUCAUAGGUAUCUAUUUCUCUGUGUGUUUGGCUCUCAUGGUCAUCAGUCUGCUGGAGACAGUUAUCAUUACAAAUGUCCUCCAUCAUAGCUCCAUGAAGUAUCAGGAAGUACCAAACUGGGUUAGAGUGGUUAUCCUCAAACAUAUAGCAAAUCUCAUCUGUUACCGCUGGCCAGAACAUGUUCCACCACCUUCUAAAGUGCAAGAAGAUAAACCUGAAAGCUCAAAUGGCAGCUCAGGCCCAUGGAUCAUUCAACCAGUCAACCAGCCAGUCAGCCAAACACCUGACAGGCACACCAACAAUGAAGGGGCAGUGUCUCUGCCUGAGCUGCAGCAGAUCUGUCAGUAUCUGAGGGAUCUACGUGCUCACCUUACCUCCCUGCAGAAGGAGAGUGAGCUGCAGGACCAGUGGUGCCAUGUAGGAUACGUCCUUGACUACUUGCUCUUCCGUGUCUACCUGCUGCUUAUCACCUGUUACGCUCUGGUUAUCAUCAUUAUGUGGUGCAUCUGGAUCAGAUCAAAAUGGGUUGUUCAAAAGAGAGAGCCAGAUUCCAAAAUCGGCUUGGAUCAGACGGAUGACUUGAAACUAAAAAUGGCAGAAUUAAAACAUGUUGAGCUCUUCAUCGUCUCCUUCAUGCUUCUUCAGGGUUUUUUGGGGGCUUUUAACUGCACAAGCCCAACUCCUGACUCCCUGUUUAAGGAACUUGCAAAUAACUUAUUCCCAAAAAAUCUGUUCCGCCCUGUAACCAACUUUUCAAGUCCAAUUGACGUCACCAUCUCUAUCAUUGUGGUGGGAAUUUUAGGAGUGGAUGAAAAGACCCAAACCCUGACUACCGUUUUAUGGCAGGUCCUGGAGUGGAAAAUAGCAGGACUGAGCUGGGAUGAAAAGGAGUGUGGAACUAAUAGAGUCUCUGUUCCUCGGGAAAACCUUUGGGUUCCAGACAUCUACAUCUCAGAGCUCGUAGAUGGGGACAGGUCUUCCCAAACUCCGUAUGUCUAUUUAAACAACACAGGUCAUGUAUAUGACGACAGGCCAAUCAAGGUGGUCACCUCAUGCCAGUUAGGAAUCUACACUUUUCCCUUUGAUAUCCAAAAUUGUUCGCUGACCUUUGGCUCAUAUCUACACUUUGCUUCUGAUAUAAAGAUGGUUCAAGGCACCACAAAAGAACAAAUACUGCAGGAAUCCAAAGUUGUGUUGAGGACCAACGGGGAGUGGGAGCUCGUAACCAUCGACGUUGAUCCUUCCGGACUGGAAUUAAAUGUGGGAAACUACUCUGAAAUAACAUACUUUUUCACCCUGCGACGCAGACCAACCCUGUACGUGGUGAACCUCUUGAUCCCCAGCUGCUUCCUCAUUGCCGUGGACCUCCUCAGCUUCCUUCUUCCUCCAGCAAGUGUGGACAGAUCCUCCUUUAAGAUGACCCUCAUCCUGGGCUACACCGUCUUCCUGCUCAUCAUGAACGACCUGCUGCCCGUCACUGGAGAGACAACGCCACUUAUCAAUGUAUUUUUCUCCAUCAGCCUGGCUCUGAUGGUGGCGAGCCUGCUGGAGACUAUCUUCAUCACUAACAUCCAGUUCAGCUCCGGCCGGUACAGCGCAGUGCCUCACUGGCUCAGUGUCCUUGUGUUGCGUUAUUUAGCUGUUGUUGUAUGUAUCCCUCCAAAGAAGAAGAGCAAUCGAGUCACUGUCUUCUUCAACCCACCCUUUAAAGAUCCUACAAAGGAGACCAACUCGAUCAACAUCUCAGGAGGUCAGCACCAGAGGAUCUCAAAUGAUCCGAUAAAGACCCCUCCUUUCACUGCAGCCCCACCUGAGCCAAGCCUGGACGAACUGAAGAAGCUGAGCAGAGAUCUCACAGCCAUCCGUCUUCAGGUGGACAAAUACUUCCAUGGAUCCAACACCACACAGGAAUGGCAAAUGAUUGGCAUGGUGAUAGACCGUCUGUUGUUUGGCUUGUACAUCCUCUUCAUUGUUGCGAGCUUCAUCACCAUCAUUAGUAUCUGGAUAUGGAAUAAUAAAUACAGAGCUUGAUUUAUGGGUACAGGGUUUAAAACAUUACUGGAAUCAUCCUUGUUUCUUGUAUCAGUAACUUGCUGUGUAUAUUGAAAUGACGAUCUACGUGAGGGAAUAGUGAUUGAUACAUUCCUGGAAAAGUCUUCCAAAUUAAAAUAUUAGCUAUUCUUGAUGAGUUCAUGUGAAAGACUAAAGUUUGGAAUAAAAAUGUUGAAGUCCUGCUUGUGUCUGUACAUAAGUCUCAUUUGUCAGCUACUACCAUGUGCCAAGUCAAGCACUGAAAUCUGUCAAUAUGAGCAUCUAAUAGCAGUCCAAAGCAGCGUCACAUUUAAACAUUUCCCACCACCUAU